UCUCUAUACCCGGUGCCGGGGUCGGAGCUGGGGUUUGUGCCUCGAGAGAGGGGCCGGCGUCGGGAUUUCGCCUUCUGUCCGUCGGCUCCGUUCGGAGGGAUGUCACGACGCGGGACCCGGCCGGGUUUGCGGAGUCCGAUGGGCGGGCUCGGAUCCGGCGUUUUGAGUAUCGCCUUAACGGGACAGCGGCGGAUAUGAAAGCUGGAGGGAACUGGCUAAGGUUCUGGCAGACCCAAAUGUCCCAGGUGGGGACCUAAGCCUCCCGUUUUACUCUUCCCAGAAGGUGGGACAUCAGAACCAAGAACAUCAAAGAAGUGGGAGGAAUAAAUCGAAUAAUGCAGCUAUGAACAACGCUGUCCCAUGGAUGCCAGAGUUCCAGGGCCAGGCCAACCUGCAUGUGUUUGAGGACUGGUGUGGCAGCUCCAUUGAGCAGCUCAGAAGAAACCUUCACUUUCCCCUCUAUCCCCACACAAGAACAGUGCUGAAGAAACUGGCCGUGUCCCCAAAAUGGACCAACUAUGGUCUCCGGAUAUUUGGCUACCUGCAUCCUUUCACUGAUGGAGAGUUUCAGUUUGCCAUUGCUGCAGAUGACAAUGCUGAGUUCUGGCUGAGUUCAGAUGAAAAGACCUCUGGUCUCCAGCUGCUGGCCAGUGUGGGCAAGACAGGGAAGGAGUGGACAGCACCGGGGGAGUUUGGAAAAUUUUGGAGCCAGCAGUCAAAGGUGGUGAGGUUGUCAGCUGCAAGCAGGUACUAUUUUGAGGUGCUGCACAAACAGGACGACAAAGGGACGGACCACGUGGAAGUAGCAUGGAAACUGAGUGACCCAGAUGCCAAGUUCAAAGUCAUUGACUCACAGUACCUCUCCCUUUAUGCUAAUGAGACACUGUUAAAGAUGGAUGAGGUUGGGCACAUCCCACAGACUCUGGCAAGCCACAAGAGCCGGGCUGCUGAUGGCAUGGGCAGCAAGGCACACCCUGCUGACAUGCUGAAGCCUGACCCCCGGGACACUCUUUACAAAGUGCCUCUGCUCAGCAAGUCACGCCUGCGCCGAGCCCUGCCAGACUGCCCAUACAAGCCUAGCUACCUGGUGAAUGGGUUCCCUCUGCAGCGCUACCAGGGCCUUCAGUUUAUUCAUUUAUCCUUCGUUUACCCCAAUGAUUACAGCCGCCUGAGCCAUAUGGAGAAAGAAAACAAAUGCUUCUAUCAGGAAAACCCGUAUUACUUGGAAAGAUUUGGGUUCUACAAGUACAUAAAAAUGGACCGGAGAGAGAAGAGCCUAGACUCUGAAGAAAAGACUGAACAACCAGGCUUUCAGGAGGGGAACCUGGAUGACCUGCAGUAUGGGGAGCAGGAUGUGGAGAGCACUGUCUCCCCAGCGCACCCCAAGAUUCAGUGGGCAGAACCAGCAAGUGCUGUUCCUGGCACAGUGGUGGGCAGCGAACAUGUCUACGAGGAUUAUUCACUCCGGGAGCAUCGGCGGCUCCUCUCAGUCGGUGAUACAGGGAAGGUGGCACAAAAGAGACGGACAAAAAGGUCUGGUGUCAAAACAGCCCUUCUGCCCCCUGCCAACCAAAGCCUCAGUCGAGCUGACCCAGAGAGAAACCCAGUGACAAAAAGACCUCACUUAAAAGCAGGAGUCAAGGACAACUCCAGAAGCCCUCCGCAGCAUGCCAGGUCCGCCCAGGGCAGAGCACCUGCCAAAAAGGAGAACCCUCCUUCUAGGAGCAGGUCUCAUAAGGAGCAGCCUCUGAGCAGCCCCAGGGACUCAGGGAUCAGGAUUCCCAAAGGGCUGAGACCUCAAGGAGACCUCAGCGUGAUGGAGGGUGGCCUGCAGCCAGCAGGCACUGAGCAAGCUAGGAGAGCAGACCCAGCAUCCAGCAAAGCCAGCAGGCACCUCGUGGAUACUGCUGGCCCUGGCAAGGACCCGCCACGGCUGGAGCAGUGGCUGAACCAAGUGGAGGCCUACGUGGCUGAGCAGAAGAGGGCCACUGGUGGGAAUACAGGCAAGGGAGAGACACAAGUGGCAUCUCUUGCAAAGGGGAAGUCUAGGCCUGAGAAGGUGGCAGCAGAAGAGGAAGAAGAAGAGGCGGAUGGGGAGCCAGAGGAGGAGGAUGAGGAGGGUUUUGAUUAUGUGCCAGUGUUUGACCAGCUGGUAAACUGGGAGCAGACUUUCAGCGCAAGCAACCUGGAUUUCCAUGUGCUGCGCACUGACUGGAUUGACCUGAAGUGCAACACAUCAGGAAACCUGCUGCUGAAAGAGAGGGAAGCCCUGGAAGUCACACGUGUCUUCCUCAAGAAGCUCAACCAAAAGAUUAAAGGGCGGUUCCAGCUGCAGCGUAUUGUGAAUGUGGAGAAACGCCAGGACCGUAUGCGAGGGAGCCGCUACCUGCUGGAGCUGGAGCUGCUGGAGCAGGGAGAGCGUCUCGUCCGCUUCUCCGAGUACGUCUUUGCACGUGGCUGGCAGGGCGUGGGCGGCGAUGAGCAAGAGGAGAGGAACAUGAGGAACCUGGCUUGGGGUCGCCGGCGGCACCUGAUGGCUGUGGGAAAAGAGCCAGAGCUGUGCUGGCCCCAAGGCUUUUCCUGGAACCACCGUGCUGUGGUUCACUUUGUGGUGCCAGUGAAAAACCAGGCACGCUGGGUGCUGCAGUUCAUCUCUGACAUGGAAGAGCUGUUCCGAGUCACUAAGGAUCCGUACUUCAAUGUCAUCAUCACAGACUACAGCAGUGAUGACAUGAAUGUAGAGACUGCUCUGAAAAGGUCUAGCUUGCGCAGCUAUCGGUACUUGAAGCUGACAGGGAAUUUUGAGCGUUCUGCUGGCCUGCAGGCAGGAAUAGACCUUGUGACGGAUCCACACAGCAUAAUUUUCCUUUGUGACCUCCACAUCCACUUCCCAGUUGGAAUCAUUGACUCAAUCCGGAAGCACUGCGUGGAAGGCAAGAUGGCCUUCGCUCCCAUGGUCAUGAGGCUGCACUGCGGCAUGUCCCCACAGUCACCUGAUGGCUACUGGGAGGUGAAUGGGUUUGGUCUCCUUGGCAUCUACAAGUCUGACCUGGACCGCGUUGGAGGGAUGAAUACAAAAGAGUUUCGGGACCGCUGGGGAGGAGAAGACUGGGAACUUCUGGAUAGGAUCUUACAGGCCGGGCUGGAAGUGGAGCGUCUGUCCCUGAGAAACUUUUUUCAUUGGUUUCAUUCAAAGCGGGGCAUGUGGAACCGGCGCCAGGUGAAAACAUUGUAGCCUUCAACCCCAGAGAUGCUCGGCAGCACCAUCCACCGUCUUGCCUUGGUGUGCACUUUAUCAAGGCACGCAGCCAAGUGCACCUCUGGGACAGCACAACAGGAGAAGGGACCGUCGAGCUAGAGGAGCGGGAUCAUCUAUUAUGAACCAUUGCAUCCAAAGCAUGGGAUCCAUGUCCUGGUGGAAGUCAUCUGAGGGAGCUGUUGCAUAGUGAAGGAUUCUUAUUUCCUGCCAUGCAGUUUGGUGGAUGGUACAGUGGGAGAGGUGCCAUAUUUCCUGUUGAGUCUUGCAUGGUACAAAUCAAGCAGAAAUCCCAGCUAAGCCCAGAAUGAUUUACAGGAACGCACCUUCUCUUCCAAUACUUGAAGAAAAAAGAGGAAAAACAAACAAAAACCUCUCAUUCUUUCCCGACCCCUCCCCCAUCUCUCUGGUAUCAGUGCUUUUGGACAGGGGACCAAAAUAUCUUCUCUGAACUGUGUUGUGUCCGUAUGCCCAUGUGCUGACCCCAGAACAUUCUGGAUGAGGAGGUGCUGAUAGGCACUUUACCCUGCUCGUGCUUAGGUGUUUCUCUGUGCUUUGCACUUCAGUCAUUAUGAGAAACCAUACUCAUUGAGUGUGGAUGGAGGCUGAAGUGCACUUCCCAGAUGACAGCCACGUUUGCCUGCAGUGGAGCAAGUUGACAGGGGGUGAUGUUUCAGCUCUACCUGAAUUAUUGAUUCAGUGCCUGAGGAUAGUGGAGGGGUUAUGCAGAGACACUUGGAGGGCAUCUCAGGAGGAAUUUUGCAGCCUUAUCUGACAGACGUACAUGUUUGUCCUAAAAAUAUCAGGGAAACCCUCACAGGGAAAAAGUGGCAAUAUUUUAUUAAUUGAUAUAUUGAAAUUUUGUCAGAAAAAGAGACAGAUUUUUUUCUGUUCUCUAAAUCCUGUACAUUUAUGCAGUAUCUAAAGGUUAAUUUAAUAAAUUAAGACCACACAGUUUGGUCCUGUUAUAGCUUGACUUUCACGUAAAGAGCAGAAUUGUGUUGGCUGAGGUUCUGUGGGGAGUGUGACACUGGAUGCUGCUCACGACUCUCAGCAAUGAAGAGAGUUGUUGAAUAGUGAGUGAUGGAGGUGUGCAGCACACAAGCAAUGGCUGAGAUAGUACUGGAGCUGCUUGCUUUUAGGCUGAUGAAGCAGAUGCCAAUUCAGAAUAGAUAUUUGUUAUUAAAUCCGUGGUGGUUGGCAAGCCCAUCAGGCUCCACUGUUGUGGUAGAGAAUGGAACAUGUGAGUUCUGGCACAUGAAAUGUAAAUCUUGUCAAAUCAUCUGGCUGCCUCAGUCUGGGCUUUGUCCCUGAUGGAGUUAGCUGUAUUUAAGGAAGUUUCAGUGUGCAGUGGGAAGUAUAUGUUUCAUAUACACAGUGAGAGUGAUAUGUCCAUCACUCCGUGCAGCCUUUGCCAGAAUGCAGAUUCUGAACAGUUAAGAAGAGACAUCCUCAGCCUUCUGCCCAAGCCAGAGCAGUCUUUUUAAUGAGGGAAAGUACUUUUCCCAUGUAGACAACAAGAAUGAAAUGCAGAAAAUGGCAUUAUGGCCACUUUGCUGUGGGAGAGCUGGCAGAUCUUUUGGUGACCCUAAUAUCAGACAGAGGGAAGAUGGGUGAUUUCUCAUCUGUGCAUUCACAUCUGGCUCAGGCAUAAUGUGUAGUACCUAAAGGCAACAGCUUGUGUUCAUCUGUAGACAGUGGAGAGAAUUAAGUGCAUCCAGGAGGCUUGGCUUCUGUGAUGGGAGUAACUCCUCUUCUUCACCAGAGAUGAUAACCAUCAAAGACUGGACUAGAAGGUAGGGUACAACCCUGGCUCCAGCACUGCUGGCAGGUUUUGAGGAUUUCAUACCAGUGCAGUGCUUUAGCUGACUGGGUAAUUGCUCCUUCUGUCACACCUUUAGCCCAGAGCUGCCCAUCUCAUGGGAACUCCUUGGUGAGCAUGUGAGGAGUUACUGUGGCUCAAACCGCUUUCCUAAAGGUCAGUGUUCCCACUGUAAAAGUUGCCAUCACAACUGUUCUUCUGUUCUUAGCACAAUGAGGACUCUUAGCUGCUGUUUAAGCAUUGUGGUGGUAAACAUGAUUAACACUAAUUGGCACUAGUUGGCAGCCUUUGUGGAGGAGCUUGGAGGGAGCUCAUGGGGACAGAGGCCAUCAUCUAGUCCACAAGCUCAGAGACUGCUUUGGGUUGUCUGAAGAAGAUGGGCUGCAUCCUUGCUGGCUUAAUAGCCAGCAGGAAAUAUUGUGGGAGCAGAGCCAGGUUUCGCCCUUUGGCUGCUGCCCCUCUUCCUAAACAACCCGUGGCUCUUUCCUCCCCCUCAAAUGGAGGUAUGACAAGUAGCAGGAGUGGGUGGUCCUACAGUCAUACUGUGAAAGGACAUCCAGGGCAGUGACCUGGCCACCACAAUGCCCAGCUAACUGUCCCCGGGUGGCCCACCAGUGUCACACACCGCAGCACAGAGGGCUCAUCCUGGCCAUCAGCAGAUCCCAAAGCACAAAAGCAAAGAACCAGGUGUCACCAGAGCAGGGAAGCUGACUUGUGAUUCUCAUUUCUGCCACAGGAAGGUUUCAAGAAGUUUUGCCUGAGUUUGAGGUGAGGUAUCCUGGCCAUGUCCUAUCUCUGAGGCAGAAGGGAAUGAGUUACAUGUCAUUUCUUGUGUAUCAGCCACAUGGUCUCUGGUGGGUCCCUGGCUGGGGGUGGAGGGAAAACCAUGAGCCUCCAUGUAGAACAGAGCUUCCCUGCAGCAGGAUGCAGCCAGGCAGGGGGCCCUGGUCCCCCAUAUGCAGACUGCACUAUGGGAUGCUGGCUCUAUCAGCAGGACUUGUUCAUUGCCAGUAAACUGUGAGCCUGGGGGGUUGUUUUAUGGUUCAGCAAAGCAAACAGUGAGGGGCCAGCUUUUAUUCUGAGAAAUACCUUGUGUUAAAACUAUAACGUGACUUGUUUUGUCAUCAUUUUUAAUAUCUGCCUGGCAUUAACAUCUCUCUCCUCACUGCUUACGACUGUUUUACAUUUUUCUAUGUACCAAUGCCUUGUGCUAUAAAUCUGGAUUGUACCUUUGAUUAUCUGCCUUAAAGUGGCUCUGUGCCUUCUAGACAACCCCUGGGCCACCUCUCUGUAUGAUCUGGGGGAUAUACUGGUUCUUCCACACAUUUUAUAAAUAUAUGGUCUUCCUACAAGUGCUUCA